GUUUGAGUGUGUCGGUCCUGAAGUGCGCUAAUUUAGUCUAGAUGUCUCGCCCGUCUAAAGAGGAUUGGGUUUGUAGUGAUCCAAGAUGUAAAAAUGUUAAUUUCGCUAAGAGGGAGAGGUGCAACCGUUGUGAUAAGCCUAGAAGACAUGGUCCGUCAAGUAAAGCUGGUUUUGAGAUUGGCAAGCAGCUUGCUGAGAAGAGCAAAGGGCUUUUCAGUCCAGAUGAUUGGAUAUGUAAGACAUGCGGAAAUGUAAAUUGGGCACGCCGGAGUACGUGCAAUGUAUGCAAUGGCCCAAAGAUUGAUAUACAAGGUGAAAGAACAGGUUAUGGUGGAGGAUUUAUGGAGCGUGAUGAGGUAGUUGAGUAUCGACAACGUAGAGACUCAGAUGACGAAUUUGAUGAAUUUGGUCGUAAGAAAAAAAAUUUCCGGAAAGGCCAAAACGAACAACUAAAUAAUCAUGAUUCGUCCGAUUCCGGUAAUAAUGUUGCACAAGAAGGCCACAAUAAAGAUUUGGAUGAAGAUACCAAUAAUGGAGUUGAUGACAGUGGUGAAGAUGAUGAGCAUGAAGACUCAGGAGAUGAUGCUGACCUUUCUAAAUACGAUAUUUGGGGUGCAGAAAAUGACGAUUUGGGUGAUGAGUCAUCAAACCAGUUGAAUCCUGCGUCUGUCCGAAGAACUGCAGAAAACAAACCAAAAAGUCAAAGUCCUUCAUCAUCCUCGGACUCUGAUUCUGAUUCAUCCUCAACAUCAUCUUCCAGUCGUGCCUCGCAAUCAGAUUCAUCAUCUAGUUCUCAUAGUGAAUCAUCCUCCAAGCAUGAAGAUCAACCCAAUGGUAAACGGGCCGUUCAUCCCAACAAACGUGAUGUACACAGUGAUGAUAGCAGCAACUCAACUCCUGUAAAUCAGAAACGGAAAAGGCGUGAUGAUGAACAACAACGUGAUCGGUCGAGGUCACCUUUGUAAAACAAAGUGUAUUUCAAACUUUUACUGUGUUUUUAAACCUUCUACUUCUAAUGAAUAUUGUAUGGAGAUAGAGAUGACUGUGGAUUUUCACCUGUUCACUCAUUAUGUUUCCUUUGUAAUUUCAUCUUCCUUUUUUCUUGUGUAUGUUCUUGGUAGGGAAUAUGUCUACGUGUAUGUUGGUGUGUACUAGGCAACCCUUCUCUGUUCAUUCAGGACGGUUUUUUUCGGAAAGAUCUGAAUACAACUUCUAAUAUCUCUUUCUACCUGGUAAUAUUAGUCACAUUGUCGUAUAUCCAAUGUGUGUACAGCAAUUGCAAUGUACUUAACCGAGUAUUGUAUCUCUCUGCCUAUAUGUAUUUAUGUAUGUAUUGAUGAAUUCA